AUGGAACGCCGGCAAUCCUCGGUCGAUUUGCCAUCAACCACAGACACUUGCUCAACAUCACCAUCAAGUCCCCUCUCCUCACCGCGCGCAGCGUCGGAGCCGCCCUCAUCGCCAUUGUCGGUCCUGUCCAAGACGCCAUCGCUGCCCAACUCGCCCAUUUUACCCAUCGACGCCGCCAGACGCUACCCUUCGCCCGAGUCGCUCUCCGCCGACACGUCCGGCACCCAGACCCCCGUCAAGCGUAGCGACCGCUCCUCCAGCCAGUCUGACGAUGGUAGCACCGGCGACCGCCCCUCUAAGCGUCGCAAGACGGCCACCCCCAGGGAGCCCAAGGAGCCCAAGCAGCGCACGACAAAGUACCUCAACCUCUCCAAGUCACAAGAUGACUUUACGUCGGAAGACACCUACCAGAUGAACCGCCUGCUAUCCGCCCUACAGAAAAAGAAAAAGAUUGUCGUCGUCGCCGGCGCUGGCAUUUCUGUCUCGGCGGGUAUCCCCGAUUUUCGCUCCUCCAAUGGUCUCUUUGCCACGACCAAGAAGCAAUACAAUGUAAAGUCUUCCGGCAAGCAUCUGUUUGAUGCAUCCGUCUACAAGCACAACUCGUCUACCCAAUCAUUCCACAACAUGGUUCGCGACAUGUCCGACAUGUCUGCCAAGGCAGUCCCUACUCCUUUCCAUCACAUGCUGGCUUCUCUCGCCCAAGAGGGUCGUCUUCUCCGCCUCUACUCGCAAAACAUUGACUGCCUCGAUACUCAAAUGCAGCCACUCGAAACCAAAGUACCGCUUAAUCCCAAAGGCCCCUGGCCCAAGACCAUUCAGUUGCACGGUGGCCUGCAACACAUGGUCUGCACAAAAUGCUCCGACCUGUCGCCCUUGAAAGCCGAACUUUUCAACGGCCCUGAGCCGCCGCUCUGCCCGGCCUGCGCGGAGCAGGACUCCAUUCGCACAACUUAUGGUGGAAAGCGCAGCCACGGUAUCGGCCGCAUACGGCCCAGAUUUGUCCUCUACAACGAAUACAACCCCGACGAAGAGGCUAUUGGCAACGUGUCUAGUGCCGACCUGCGCACCCGCCCGGACGCUGUGAUUGUUGUCGGCACCACGCUCAAGGUUCCCGGCACCCGUCGUCUCGUCAAGGAACUCUGCCAAGUCGCGCGAGGGCGAAAAGACGGCUUCACCGCCUGGAUCAACCUGUCACCGGAACCAAAGGGUGUAGACCUCAAAGACUGCUGGGAUAUGGUAGUGCAGUCCAAGUGCGAUAAUGUCGCGCGCCUCACAGCCCUGCCACAUUGGAAUCUCGACAUUGGCGAGGAUUACCUCAUCUCCAAGGACGAACCAAGCACCAACAAAACCAACAUCGAAAUCAGCCUCCCUUCUACACCGCCUGCUGCAGAGGACAGCAUCAUCGACACGCCCCAUCCCACCACAGAAGACGCGCAGGCCAUCCCAACGCCCAAACCCAGUCCCAAAUUGGCAGCCGUCAAAAAGCCCAAGCAGGCGAAGCUCGCCUUUGGCAACACCGACAAGGACGCACCAGUCAAGCCGAAACGGGCCUCCAAACCCCGCCCCCGCAAGCCCAAGCAGGACAGCAAGGCGGCUCUGCCCAAAGCAACUGUUAUGGACAGUUUCAAGACGGGCAAAAAGAUGCCUGCCGGCAAGCACCUCGAUGCCAAGUCGGUGGCCAAGAAUAUCGCUGUCGAUGCGCUCCAUCCCGCCGUGUCUACUGUAACACUACCGACGCGCGACGCGGUCAAGACGGAGGAGCCAGCGACACCCGUGUCCGAGACGCACGUCGACCCCGGCACAAUCUCGCCUUCCUCGGUGCCCAGAGGCAUGAAGGAGCUUUUUACAUGA